AUGAGAAUAACAAUCAUGAUGAGGUUGAAAAUGAAAAUAAUUGGUGACAGUGAUUAUAUGGAGAAUAAUAACUACGAAAAGGAUGAAAAUGAUAAUAAAGAUGAAAAUGAUUAUGAUGUUGUUAUUCUCGUGUGCCAGCUAGGCUGGGAAUUUGGGCUGCGCUGCUUCACUUUUCCAACUGUACCGCAAUUAGGUCUUCUCUCAAUACUCUUGAACACAGUGCGCAAAAGUUCAUCUCUCAAUACUACUGACAGUGUAUAUUGCUGUUACUUACCUGCAUCAACCUCAUGGGGAAAGAAAUCGCUGUUUCCAUUUACCACCUCAUCUCUGGGAGUUAUGCAAAGUAACAGCCUUAGGAAUUUGAACACCGACGUACUAAGGGAUUUACCAUCAUUAAAUGUUUUAGAUUUAACAGAGAAUAAAUUGACCAACUUGGGAAUUUUCCCACCCCUAAGGAAGCUAUUUUGGCUAGGAUUAGGCAAAAAUAGCUUACUCAAAAUUCAAAGGUCAACCUUCCGGCAUUUGACCUCUCUAGAAGUGCUAAUAUUGAAAAACAAUUUCAUUGAAGAUAUUGAAGAAGCGUCCUUUUCUUCCCUUGUGAAACUGAUCGAGCUGAACUUAGAAUCCAACAUGAUCACAUCUUUGCCAACAGAAAUAUUUCGAGAUUUACAUUCAUUGAAAUCUCUAUAUUUCAAGAAAUUCUUUUACUGCAGCUAUGCUCCAUAUGUUCGCAUUUGUACCCCUAAAACAGACGGUCUGUCAUCAACUGAACAUCUCCUGGUUUGGCCAGCAUUGAGGAUGUCUGUAUGGUUUGUUGCUCUAAUGACGUGCGCUGGAAACACAGUAGUGUUGACAUGGAGAGUGCUAUCACGAAAAGAGGAUCGUGUUUUAUCAUUGUUCAUUAAAAACCUAGCAUUUGCAGAUUUGCUGAUGGGGAUAUAUUUAGUAGCUGUUGGUGCUCAAGACGUUUCUUUUAGAGACAAAUAUAAUAAAUAUGCUCAUGCAUGGAUGUCAAGUUGGCAUUGCACUGCUUGUGGUGUCAUAGCAAUGAUAUCGAGUGAAGUAUCGGUUUUAAUUCUGUCCCUCAUUACAUUCGAAAGGUAUCGUUGCAUACGAACCAACGUUCGAGUAGUAACACUUGCUGGUGCUCGAUAUUGUUUGGGAGCCGUUUGGGCAGUUGGAUUUUUGCUUGCUAUUAUUCCAGUAUUAACGUGGCCUCAAGAGCAAGGAUUCUACUCGAGCAACGGCCUUUGCUUCCCCCUCCACAUCGACGAUCCAUAUCUCCUGGGAUGGGAAUAUUCUGCUUUAGUAUUUUUUGGGAUAAAUUUCUCAGCUGUGAUAUUAAUCAUUGUACUGUACAUAAGAAUGUUCUUCAUUAUCAAACGUGACCGACAGUCGGCGAGACCUGUUAUCAUGAAAAAACAUGAAGAUGCAGUUCUGGCUCUUCGUUUCUUCUUCAUAGUCCUCACAGAUUGCCUAUGUUGGAUUCCUAUUGUUUUGAUAAAACUAUUGGCUCUAGUUGGGGUUUCCAUUUCACAUAAUCUCUAUGCUUGUGUUGUAGUUUUCAUUUUACCCAUCAACUCUGCGCUGAAUCCUGUUUUAUACACAAUUGCUGCUCCGACAGAACUUCGCAGAAGGAUAGAAAAAUGGAUUGAACGAAGCUUAGUGUGUCUGCAGAGAUUUGAAUGCGUUGUGCGAUCAGGUCAAAAAACUCCCACAUCUACACCUUUGACUCAGAGUCUGACCAAUACUGAAAGCAGGUCUGUAAGCAGUGGAUCAAUACUUCCGUCAACAGCCACCACGUCUACUGGUGGCGAAAUCGAGCGCUGCAUAAUCCAUCAAGACAGGAAAAACAGUGUAACUGUAACUGCAAUUUGA